AUGACGUCGCGAGCUGCUAUCAACACUAGCGUGCGCGUGGGCUUAAGGGUGCGAACUAGCGUGCGACUUUACACCACGCAGCAGCCACGCAAGGUGUACAGCGAUGCCAGUGCGGCGAUCGCGGACCUCCGAUCGCGAACGAGGCUGUACAGCGGGGGGUUUGGGCUGUGUGGCAUCCCAAGCACGUUGAUCGACGCUAUACAACGCCGCACAGACCUGCACAGCCUCACCGCCAUAUCCAACAAUCCCGGUGUGGGGGAGAAGGGGCUGGCCCGGCUCCUCAGCACGCCGGGUAAAGUGACGAGACUGAUCUGCAGCUAUCUCGGCAACAACCGCACCUUGGAAGAGGGGUACAGACGCGGGCAGAUCACCGUCGAGCUCACGCCCCAAGGCAGCAUAGCAGAGCGGGUGAGUGCAGCCGCGCGCGGCGUGCCUGCAUUCUACACUCCCACUGGCGCAGGCACGGCUGUGGAGGUGGGCGGGCUGGUGAGUGCGUAUGACGACGCAGGCAACGCUCUUGCUCACCAGCCUCCCCGUGAGACGCGCUCGUUCGGCGGUCGCAACUACCUCCUUGAACACGCCCUACACGCCGAUGUUGCCAUCGUACGCGCUCGAAUCGCUGAUCACGCUGGCAACCUCGUCUUUAAUAGCUCGGCUAACAACUUUAACAGCGUCAUGGCAAAGGCCGCCCCUCUCACCAUCGUCGAAGCGGAGGAAAUCGUAGAUGUUGGCGCCAUUCACCCUAACCACGUACACGUCCCCGGUGUCUAUGUGGAUAGGGUGUGCCCUGCGACGACCUCUGCCGAGAUUGAGGUGUUGCGCGUGAGCGAGGCUGGUAAGAGUGAGGACGGGGGUGCGAGCGAGACUGCGGCUACGAAAGUCCCCACUCUCACACUCAAGGACAGGAUAGCGCGUCGAGCAGCGCGCGAAGUGGGUAGUGGGGAGGUAGUGAACCUCGGUGUGGGGAUACCAGGCCGCGUACCCGAAUACAUACCUUCACACUCGGGUGUCACUGUUCAAGCAGAGAACGGGCUGCUCAAUAUCGGUGGCUAUCCCCACGCAGACGCUGUCGACCCCGACACCAUCAACGCGAGUAAGGAGACAGUGACGCUGCGUAAAGGUGCCGCGGCAUUCGGGAGUGAUGAGUCAUUCGGCAUGAUCAGGAGUGGAAGGAUUGACGUGAGCAUGCUGGGCGCUUUUCAGGUCGACUGCGCUGGCAACCUCGCCAACUAUAUGAUACCGGGCAAGCUGAUGAAGGGUAUGGGCGGUGCUAUGGAUCUCGUCAGUAACCCCAAACAUACCCGCAUCAUGGUGCUCAUGGAACACAACGAUAAGUACGGUCGCAGUAAAGUGCUUAAUCAAUGCAGCCUCCCUCUCACGGGCUCACGAUGCAUAUGGAAAAUUAUCACCGAGUUGGCGGUGUUUGCUGUCGACUACGAGCGUGGCACAUUGGUGUUGACUGAUGUCGCUGAAGAUUCUACCCUCGACGACGUCAGAAGGAACACAGAGGCGGACUUUAUUGUCAGUGAGGAGUUGGGUACUUUUUAG